AUGUCCACGCCAGACCCCCCCAUGGGGGGUACCCCUCGCCCAGGUCCUUCCCCCGGUCCGGGUCCCUCACCUGGGGCCAUGUUAGGUCCAAGCCCCGGACCCUCCCCAGGCUCCUCUCACAGCAUGAUGGGCCCCAGCCCUGGUCCCCCCUCCUCUGGACACUCGCAGCCAGGGCCGUCUGGAUAUGGCCAGGACAACUUGCACCCUCUACACAAACCCAUGGAGGGUAUGCAUGAGAAGGGCAUGAGUGAGGAGAGCCGCUUUGGUCAGAUGAAGGGAUUGUCGAUGAGACAGGGAGGGCACAGUGGAAUGGGCCCCCCACCCAGUCCUCUAGACCAACACUCACAAGGCUAUCACUCUCCUUUAGGUGGUUCAGACCACUCCAGUCCUGUCCCUUCAAAUGGUCCUCCCUCAGGACCUCUAAUGGCUUCGUCCUCUUCCUCCUCCUCCUCUGGUGGCCCCAGCUCUGCCUCUACACCUUUGGAUGGUCCCAGUGGAGACCAGCACACACUGGGUCCCAAUAACCGGCCUGGCCCUCCAGGUGGCUCUGGCCCUGGUCCCAGCCCUGGACCUAGUCUUGGUUCCAGUGUUGCUGCUCUUGGAUCGGGUCUUGAAUCAGGUGGUCCGACUGGCCCUGGAGGUCCUGGUGGCCCUGGGGGUCCUACUCCCUUCAACCAGAACCAGCUCCACCAGCUCAGAGCCCAAAUCAUGGCCUAUAAGAUGUUGGCCCGGGGACAGCCCCUGUCAGACCACCUCCAGAUGGCUGUCCAGGGGAAGAGGCCCAUGCCUGGGAUGCAGCAGCAGCAGCCCAUGCCCAGUCUGGCUCCUGGAGCUGGAGGCGGGCCAGGAGGAGGGCCUGCAGGACCAGUACCAGGGCCCGGACCUAUGGGCUCCAGCUACAGCCGUGCUCACGGUAUGAUGGGUCCCAACAUGCCUCCCCCAGGCCCAUCUGGGACCCCAGCUGGUAUGCAGGGACAAAACCCUAAUGGACCUCCAAAGUCCUGGCCAGAAGGCCCUAUGGUGAAUGCAGCGGCCCCCUCCAAUGCACCCCAAAAGCUGAUCCCCCCUCAGCCCACUGGGCGGCCCUCUCCCGCUCCCCCCUCGGUUCCUCCGGCUGCCUCUCCAGUGAUGCCUCCGCAGACUCAAUCUCCUAGCCAACCAGCACAGCCUACUCCCAUGAUGCCUUACCAUGCCAAGCAGAACCGCAUUACACCCAUCCAGAAACCCUGUGGCCUCGACCCAGUGGAGAUACUGCAGGAAAGGGAGUACAGGUUACAGGCUCGCAUCACCCAUCGUAUUGCUGAACUGGAGAACCUGCCAGGCUCUCUGGCUGGUGAUCUGCGUACCAAAGCUACUAUAGAGCUCAAAGCUCUGCGACUGCUGAACUUUCAGAGACAGCUGCGUCAAGAGGUGGUGGUAUGUAUGCGUCGUGACACCGCUCUGGAAACUGCCCUUGAUGCCAAGGCCUACAAGCGCAGCAAGCGUCAGUCUCUGCGAGAGGCCCGCAUCACAGAGAAACUGGAGAAACAACAGAAGAUUGAGCAAGAGCGCAAACGGAGACAGAAACAUCAGGAGUACCUCAACAGCAUCCUGCAGCAUGCCAAAGAUUUCAAAGAGUACCACCGUUCCAUCACAGGCAAAAUUCAGAAACUGACCAAGGCCGUGGCCACAUACCAUGCCAAUACGGAACGGGAGCAGAAAAAAGAAAAUGAACGUAUUGAGAAAGAGAGAAUGAGGAGACUUAUGGCUGAGGAUGAGGAGGGCUACCGUAAACUGAUUGAUCAGAAAAAGGACAAACGUCUGGCCUACCUGCUGCAACAAACUGACGAGUAUGUUGCCAACCUCACUGAGUUGGUCAGAGCCCACAAAGCGGCACAGGCCCUCAAGGAAAAGAAGAAGAAGAGGAAGAAAAAGAAGAAGUUGGAGAAUGCUGAGGGCCAGACUCCUGCCCUGGGACCUGAUGGAGAGCCGCUGGACGAGACAAGUCAGAUGAGCGACCUGCCAGUGAAAGUCAUACAUGUGGACAGUGGGAACAUCCUGACAGGUGUGGACGCUCCAAAAGCUGGACAGUUGGAGACCUGGUUGGAGAUGAAUCCAGGUUAUGAAGUUGCUCCCCGCUCAGACAGUGAAGACAGUGAGGAGGAGGAGGAGGAAGAGGUGGGGGAGGAAGAGGAGGAGCCUCACCCAUCAGCCACUCCAGUGGAAGAAAAGAAGAAGAUUACAGAUCCUGACAGCGAAGACGUGUCAGAGGUGGAUGUCCGGCACAUCAUCGAAAAUGCAAAGCAGGAUGUGGAUGAUGAGUACAGCGGUGCAGCAUUUGCCCGUGGGCUCCAGUCUUAUUACUCUGUGGCUCACGCCGUCACUGAGAAGGUGGAGAAACAGUCCAGCUUGUUGAUAAAUGGACAACUCAAACAGUAUCAGAUUAAGGGUCUGGAAUGGCUGGUUUCUCUUUACAACAACAACCUGAAUGGGAUCCUGGCAGAUGAGAUGGGUCUGGGAAAAACCAUCCAAACUAUCGCACUCAUCACAUACCUCAUGGAGCACAAAAGGCUCAAUGGACCCUACCUCAUCAUUGUACCCCUCUCAACACUCUCUAACUGGGUGUAUGAGUUUGACAAGUGGGCGCCGACAGUUGUCAAAGUCUCCUACAAGGGGUCACCUGCUGCCAGAAGAGCCUUUGUCCCUCAGCUUCGUAGCGGAAAGUUUAACGUUUUACUCACCACCUACGAGUACAUCAUCAAGGAUAAGCAAGUACUGGCCAAGAUCCGAUGGAAGUACAUGAUUGUAGAUGAGGGUCACCGUAUGAAGAACCACCACUGUAAACUGACCCAGGUCCUCAACACUCACUAUCUGGCCCCACGGCGGGUCCUGCUGACCGGGACACCACUCCAGAACAAACUUCCAGAACUCUGGGCGCUUCUCAACUUCCUCCUGCCGACCAUUUUCAAGAGCUGCAGCACCUUCGAGCAGUGGUUUAACGCUCCUUUUGCCAUGACAGGAGAGAAGGUGGAUCUCAAUGAAGAGGAGACCAUCUUGAUUAUUCGCCGUCUCCAUAAAGUGCUUCGUCCCUUCCUGUUACGAAGAUUAAAGAAGGAAGUGGAGGCACAGCUUCCAGAGAAGGUGGAGUAUGUCAUCAAAUGUGACAUGUCGUCUCUCCAGAGGGUCCUCUACAGACACAUGCAGGCCAAGGGGGUCCUGCUGACUGAUGGAUCUGAGAAAGACAAGAAGGGUAAAGGAGGCACCAAGACGUUGAUGAACACCAUCAUGCAGCUGAGGAAAAUCUGUAACCACCCUUAUAUGUUCCAGCAAAUAGAGGAAUCAUUUUCUGAACAUCUAGGAUUUUCUGGUGGUAUAGUCCAGGGCCCUGACUUGUAUCGAGCGUCAGGAAAGUUUGAAGUGUUGGAUCGAAUCCUGCCUAAGCUGAGAGCCACAAACCACAAAGUGCUCCUCUUCUGUCAGAUGACCUCUCUAAUGACCAUCAUGGAGGAUUACUUUGCUUACCGCAGCUUCAAGUAUCUGCGUCUGGACGGUACCACAAAGGCUGAAGAUAGAGGAAUGUUACUGAAGACCUUCAAUGACCCAGAGUCAGAGUACUUCAUCUUCCUACUGAGUACCAGAGCUGGAGGUCUUGGCCUCAAUCUGCAGUCUGCCGACACUGUGGUCAUUUUUGAUUCAGACUGGAACCCUCACCAGGACCUGCAGGCUCAGGACAGGGCCCAUCGAAUCGGACAGCAGAAUGAGGUGCGCGUGUUGCGCCUCUGCACAGUGAACAGUGUGGAAGAAAAAAUCCUGGCAGCUGCCAAGUACAAACUGAACGUGGACCAAAAGGUCAUCCAGGCCGGCAUGUUUGAUCAGAAGUCUUCGAGCCAUGAGCGCAGGGCCUUCCUGCAGGCCAUCCUGGAACACGAGGAGCAAGAUGAGGAAGAGGAUGAGGUUCCGGAUGAUGAGACGGUCAACCAGAUGAUCGCUAGGAGUGAGGAGGAGUUUGACCAGUUUAUGCGUAUGGACCUAGACCGACGUCGAGAGGAGGCCCGCAAUCCACGACGUAAACCUCGUCUGAUGGAGGAAGAUGAGUUGCCCACCUGGAUCAUGAAAGAUGAUGCUGAGGUUGAGCGAUUAACCUGUGAGGAAGAGGAAGAGAAAAUGUUUGGGCGAGGUUCUCGGCAGCGGAAGGAGGUGGACUACAGCGAUUCACUGACUGAGAAACAGUGGCUCAAGGCGAUAGAGGAAGGCACUCUGGAGGAGAUGGAGGAAGAGGUACGUCACAAAAAGACGACCCGCAAGAGAAAGAGGGACCGUGACCUGGAUCUGCCCGGUCCCUCCUCUUCCUCGGGGAGUCGUGGACGGGGAGACAAAGAUGAAGAUGGGAAAAGGCAGAGGAAGAGAGGAAGACCACCUGCUGAGAAACUCUCCCCUAAUCCUCCUGCCCUCACAAAGAAGAUGAAGAAGAUUGUGGAUGCUGUCAUCAAGUACAAAGACAGUGCCAGUGGACGUCAGCUGAGUGAAGUGUUCAUCCAGCUGCCGUCUCGUAAAGAGCUGCCAGAGUACUACGAACUGAUCCGCAAACCCGUGGACUUCAGGAAGAUCAAGGAGAGGAUUCGAAGCCACCGUUACCGCAGUCUGGGAGACCUGGAGAGAGAUGUGAUGCUGCUUUUCCAAAAUGCUCAGACCUUCAACCUGGAGGGGUCACUAAUCUAUGAGGACUCCAUUGUACUCCAGUCUGUGUUCACCAGUUUGAGGCAGAAGAUCGAGAAGGAGGAGGAAAGUGAGGGAGAGGAGAGUGAAGAAGAAGAAGAUGAUCCAGAGGAAGGCUCAGAGUCAGAAUCUCGCUCAGUCAAAGUGAAGAUCCGUCUUGGUAGGAAAGAUAAAGCUGGAGAUCGAGGGAAGGGACGAAGCAGACGAACUGGACGCACUCGAGCCAAACCCGUGGUUAGUGAUGAUGACUCUGAUGAAGAGCAAGAGGAGGAGCGAACCCCUAGUGCCACUGAUGAAGAAUCCUGAACUCUACUGUGAUGUGGGACCAGAGAAGACAUAAAGGGAUAUUCCACCUACUCCAGCACCACCCUCAGUAAAUGUUAAAUAAAACACACUUCAGUUAUCUCCACUUAUCCUCAGUCAAAGGAAAAAAUCGAACAGAGUUUAUGAUAUGGUCAUUACAGGUGCAGAGAGAAGUGAAUCAUUUCAUUAAUUUGCAUUAAUAUACAUGUAAAGGUAAAGGUAGUGGGAACAUGACUACAUGAAGUCACGUUUGAGCUCUUUUACUGUGUAACUUGAGGAGGUUUUACAGAUAAUGUUGUCUUUAUGGUUAAAGAAUAACUUGAAUGAACAAUGUUUAAUAGUGUUUUGUUUAAAUGUUUGUAAAGGAGUUUUUAAAAAGCACAGAAAAGAGUUGGUGUAAAGCCCUAUUUGCAUGGGAAUAGUAUAACCUGGAGACCUGCAGUGAUUUGGAACUUACCAACCAAUGUCUGUUUCAUCCAAUGUAUUAGCACAAGAAACACAAAGUGCAUCUUUAUUUUAAUUUACUAAGUUUCAUCUCUUAAAAAUAACUUUUGAAAGAUUUUGAAAGAGGAAAAUCUCAACUAAUGUAAACUAUCAUGCAUGAUGUUCAUUUCAUCAUCAUUUGAGACGUCACUUCUCUAAAGGGUUUCAGUUUACUCUGUCAGUGAGUAUCUAUGUUAUAUCGUGACAUGAAUAUCCUGAAUUUCCACCCAAAGUACUUUUAAAACUUUCAUUUCACAUCACCUGUGCAGCCUCGAAAAAGAAAUAGGCAGAAAAUGCUGCAGAACCCACCAAAUCACAGCAAUAUCGAGUCGAAAUAUAGUCAGUAAUUUGCAGACAUAGAAAAUUCACAGGGGCUUAUGAUCACAGAGGAUCUCCACAGUUAUUGCAGAUCACUAGUAGACAACAGGUAGUUCUAGUCCAAUGUGAAUAGGGCUUAAGACAAUAAUGAGUUUAACACUGUAUUACGACUGAAAGUGCAGACGGGAUGAGAAACAUGAAGCAGUAUAGAGCAUAGGAGGCGGCAAAAGUGUUAUUUUUUCCAACAGAGGCAGACUCAAAAUAGACAAUAGGUAUUUAAUACUAUAGGUAUUGAAAGUCCCACUAAGGGCCAUCAGAUAAAAAGUGUGUAAGAGGAAGUAUGGAAUCACAACAAACUUAACUUUAUGUCAUUUUAAUAAUAAUAUAAUAAUUUAGACAGUGUUGACUAAGGUGUUUAAUUAAUUACAUUUUUUCAUCAGUAUUUGCUUAAUUUCACCAUAACUUGUUUAAUAUUCCAUUUCUCAAUCUAAUUUCAAUAAUUACAACUAAUCUUACGAAUCAUGUCGAGAAAUGAAGGUUAAAUCAGUGGUAACGUUCACUCAUUCACUCGGUUAAGACUGGAUGGAACCAGUGAAAUGAAGUAAACAACACUAAAUGUAAACAGAAAAUGUCAGCCAGAGCUGUGUUUGCACAUAUAUCUACGAUACUUUUUGGCGUAAACAAACCUGAUGCUUCACCUCUGCUUCACCGUAACGAUGUGUUGCAACAGCGUCCUCUAACAGUCAGGCACCACUGUGAUUACUGAGGUGUGUGUACAUCACAUAUUUCUGACCAGGGCUCACUGUUUGAGUUGGAGAUCCAGCCCACUGUGGGCGCAGGGUGUUUCCAGACUUCUCAGAAGCUGUUUAGCAACUCACCGCAGCAGUUUGACUGAGAUUCAGUGGAGUUGAGCCCAGGUCAGUCUUCAGUAAUGUAUAUACAGUAUGGAACCGUAUCAGACUCCACUUUGCUGCUGCUUAUCUGUCACACUUCCAAUCACUUAUAACUGUCGAUUGUAGACUUAACCAAUCAUGAGGUCGUACUGUAACUUUAAUUGCUUCUCCUUCAGUUGUUGUGUGGUGAUUUUAGGAUUUCCAAAUGGUUAACUGUUUGAUGUACUUUGGCACUUUUUAUGUUUUUUAAUUUUAAGACAAAGGACCAGAGGGACAGUGGCUCUUCUCUGUUGUGAAUGCCUCAUGGCUGUAUGGUGUUGGAUAUACUGUAUAGUUUUAUUUAGAGUAUAAUGUCAAUGCACGUGUGUACAGCUCGCAAGUUCAGUACUGUACUUUUCUCAUUAUGGUAGGCAACUAGAGCGAAGAGCAUACAACCAAAGCAUCACCUUUUUCUCUGCUAAGUUAUUGGGAUCUGUCUGUGACGUAUUGUGUCAAUGUUGCUGGAACUAAAAUGUAACAAUAAAUCAUAGUAAAAAUGAA